AUGCUUCAAGAGGAAACUCCUGUGAUGGACCUGAGCUACAUGCAGCAAUUGAACAUUGGCAUGUGUGCCAUUGAUGCCUACCAGUCUGCUUUGACGAUUGGUCAGAUUGCUACGAAUAUUCACGCCUUGGUCGAUGCUUGCAAGUCGCCUUAUCCACAAAACCCCGAGCAACAGGACUUCUGUGGCGGGUUGGUCUCUCUGAAUUUGGCACUUUGGGGAUAUUUGGCUUGCUUCAUUGAGGACAUGGUCUCCUCCUGCGGCCCAGAGUUCAAUCUCAAUGCUGGCUGUUCUCUUGAUGUAACUGGCUUGUUGACGAACUCCUUCUUGGCCGCCUCCGCCGGCGCAGGGAUGAAGCAAAACUGUUUGCCACCUGGUGGCUACAAAGAAACCACUCCUCCUCCGAUUACAGCAGAUCCGGCACUUCGGCGCGACUUCACUAAGAAAGAGCUUGCCCUUCUCAAGAAAAUUGUGGAAAAACUCCGGGAGAGCGAAGCGUUCCAAGCAACGCAAAGCCGGGACCGUCAGAAGCGGAACUUCGCCAUUGGCGCUGGAACCCGGCGCCUGGAGGAGUUCACGGAACUGCCUGGGGCGCCCUUUGAGAAGCAGAAGGCCGAUUUGGAGUCGGAUGCCGAGUACCUGAAGAAGAGGGCCAACGAGCUGCUGCAGAAGAUCGGAGGCCAAAAUGGAGACGAGGAGAUCGAAGAGCCAACUCCUGAAGUUUGA